AAAGGAGGAGGUGGAGGAGAUGGGGAUGGGAGGAGGAAUGGAGGUUUAAGGCGGCUAGAAAGCGCAGGCGAAAUCUCAGGGCGUCGGGAAAAACGAUGUGCUGCCUUAUUGUACCUCGACACGAAUGUAAAGCAUAAACCAAAACGGAUGCUAAAGAUCAGAAAGCCAACGAAAAAAGGAUUAGCUCUUUUUUUUUUCUCCUCCGGGGUCUGUCAUCGACGCCGGGGGAGCUUCACUGGAUAGGGUUAUGUCCAACCUGGGAGUAACUUAACAAAAAGAAAAGUGAUUUACCUCACGGAAGAUUUCAUUUGGCGACUGCAAAAGAGUCGGCUGGCAAGAGUCGUGCAGAAUUAAUUGGUUUGCCUUGCUGGGUGGCAGGGAGAGGGCUUGAGGUCCCGUCCAGAUUCCUGAGGCCUGUUUGUUGACUUUGAGAUAAAGAAAAGGUGACAGGAAGCAGGUGAUUUAGGACAGAAAUUCAGGCCAAGCACAUUGAUUGCCAAGUAAUUGUGGCUGGCAUGGUGCAUAUACGCAUGCAGAGUAGUAUAUGCACCUUCAACUUUCUUGUCAAAAUUUCAGAAUUGACUUGCCAUUGUCUCCUUCUUAGGGCUGAGAAUGAUUGGCUCAAGGUCACCCAGUUGACUUGUGCCUAAACUAGGGCUAGAACAUACGGUCUCCGGAGUUUCUAGCAUGAUGUCCUAACCAUUACAUCAAACUGGCUAAAUGUACAUGAUGACAUAUAACUGAUUGCGUAAAAGCAAAGAGGCCAACAGUAAUAAUAAAAAGAGCAACUUUAGAAUUCAAGUCUGGCAGGCCUUUUUUUCUGAUAGUAUUGAAAUGAACAAAAAAAGAGACAGUUGGGUCUAAUGGUGAAGGCCCCAGACUAAAAACCUGGAGUCUUAGAUUCUAGUCUUGUUUUAGACAUGAAAGCAAAGUCACCCAGUGUCAAUUUACAAUGUCAAGCUCAAUUAACAAGCCAGUCAGACAAUUCUUGUCACAACCAAUGGAUCAACACUGUGCAUCUGAAAAAAAAGAACCUCCUCCUGUGGGAAGAUGAUAAGAAGAAAAAAGAUCAAAUCAACAAAAACAUACUAUAACUUUGGAUAUCUCACUGAUCUUGAAAAGCUGCUAGACUUCUGGCUUAAUCAAAGUUAAUUAACAAAUGGAAGAAAAGUGGUAUUAUACAGAAAACAAUGGCAGUGGAGAUAACUGUCAAAAUAUUCAAAGGAGGAACGAUUCAGUUUCUAGUUCAUCAAGGCGCAUCCACCGAGCUCUCGAAAAACUUGUAUCUAAUUCAGCAGUCUCUUUGGAUCUGAGUCGAAAAGAUCUACAGCAUCUUACUUCAGAAAUAUACAGAUUAUUUAAUCUCAGAUAUUUACAUCUGGAAGGAAAUGCCCUUUCUGUAAUUCCUGAAGAUUUUUUUCAGAGCCUGUCAAAUCUUACUUGGCUAGAUCUGCGCUAUAAUAAAUUGAAAGAGCUUCCUUCUGGGAUUGGAUGCCACAAGCAGCUGAAAACUCUCCUGUUAGAGAAAAAUCCUAUUAAAAGGCUACCAGUGGAGCUUGGUAAGGUAGUUUCACUUACAGCCUUAAAUCUCAGGCAUUGUCCUCUGGAAUUUCCCCCCCUUGAAGUGAUACAGAAGGGUCUGGCAUUCAUUUUAUGCUUCCUCCGAAAGAACUAUAAUGAAAAUAUUGAGUAUGCAGAGUCUAUUUCUCCAGACUUGCCUUCUCCGCUAGAACAAGAAGCAAAGGCCAUUGUUAGAGAAUACAAGAAAAAAUGUGACAGACCGCCUGAUCGUAGGAAAGCUUUCAACGCUUUGUGGAAACAGAUGAGCCUCUUUAAUUUAAUUCGGUUUAAACCCAGAAGCGCUCGAAGAAUCAGUAGUGUGCCCAGUAAAGAAAUGCCUCCUAUUGAAAAAUUAAAUUUGGCAGACCUCAUGAAAUCCAGUUUGGAUUUGUCAGACGGAUGGCCUAAUGAGGAGGAAAUGAUACGAUUUAAGAAGCUAAGGGAUGAACUUAUCCAGGAUGAAAGACAGGAGUAUCCUGAAGACAAAAUAGUAACCAAUGAAUCCAUGCCUACAUUAAGGAGAACCAGGACAAAGGAAAGCAUCUCUCGUAAAUCAUCUAUACUUUCAUCAAGGGAUAAAAAGAAUCUGUUUCCUGCGGCUUCAUCAUAUGAUUUCAUAAUCCAAAGUAAGAUGGCAGAGGAGUGCAGAUUGGCAGCAUUAAAAGAAAUGAGGGAAAAACAAGCUUUAAUUGAACAGCGGAGAAAAGAUAAAGAAGUUCUUCUGAAAUGGAGAAAACAGGCCAGGAAGAUAAGAGAAAAGAAAGGAAUCUUGUACACAUAUUCACCCCAAAAAGGAAAUACAAUGGUAUCACAAAAUGCACCUUAUGCUACAGAUAAUAUUAAGAGCAAUGAUAAGCUAGAGGGGUGGAAAGAACCACCUGACCUGGAUGAGCAGAUUGAAACAGCACAAAAUAUAAAUUCAAUGAAAGACAUUGAUACCUUCAGAACUGCAAAAUACAAAGAAGUAGAAAAUCGCAUUAAACAACACACACAAUUAAUGAAAGAAAGAAGAAAAAAGUUAAGAGGACUACCCAAAGAAGAUAUGGAAAAAGCAAAUCAAGACCUUGAAACUGUUGAGCAUUUUGAGGAGGAGCUUGCUGAACUGAAGAAGGACCUUCACAAGGAGUAUCGUUUCACUGCUUUUACAGGCGAGCUGCUUCCUACAGCAGAUAAUCUCCUACCCACAAAUAUAUUUUCUAAAAUGACAUUUUAAGUGGAUGAAAGACUGUUUCUCAUGCAGCAGCCUCUCAUUAGCUGUUUUUUUAGGGGAAUCUGUUUUUAAAAAGACUUUUUAAAACUACAUAUUGCCUCUUUAUUGUUGUUUGUUUUUAUUUCAUAAAGUUACAUUUAAUAUAUGUCCUAAGGCUUUGGAAUACCUUAUAGUUGUAGUGUGGGUUUAAGGAUAGUGUGGUUGCAUUUUGUUUUUUUCUGUCGUCUCAGAAUUCUGUCACACACCUUAUAUUUCAUAAUUUAAUCUGUAUUAAUGAGUCUUAGCAGAAGUAGAAAAGUUUUUUUAUGUAAUUGUAUAUUGUGCUAAUUCUGGUAUAGUAACCUCAGGAAUCAAAUAACAGCCUUUCUUGACAAAGGCUUUUGAGAAUGGGAGGUGAUCAACUUGGCCUUUCAUCACUCCUAAACUAAUGGAUCCCCCCCAAAAAAAACCUGAAAGGGUUUAGAGUGAUAUUUAGCUCAUUAGCAUCUAUGUGCCUUAGCUGAGAGGCCUGUUUUCCAUGUUAAGAAAAUAUUUGGCUUCAAAGUUUCUAAACGUAUAUCAGAUUUUAUUAUUGUGCCCUCAAAAGUGAUAAAACUUGUCUCUGAACUUGGAUGCUCAAGGAUUUUGUUAUUAUGGAAAUGUCAAGGCUGAUAGAAAGCUACACAUUGAACUAUAAAACAAAUCUCCCUGAAGCAAUUAUUCAUCAAAUGCAUUUUAUCAUAUUAAGAUUAAGCAAAUAACUUUAGCAGAGAGCCAUUGCCAGUAUCUCCAUAUAUGAUGUUUGGAAUCAUUUAAGGAAUGCAGUUAUUUUACUUAAAUAUCAAGAAAUCAGUAGCAAAGUGGUCAAGAGACAAGAGACUAGCCUGAUCUUUAUGUAUUUUUUUAACCGAUUUAUGUAACCACCCACUCAUCAUAUAACUCAGCCUUCUUAGAUUUAAACAAUUUGUUAAAGACAGGAUGUGGCUGUACCAGCUGUAUAUCUCUUGAUACAAUAAACAGCUGAUGUUUCUUCUC